UGGUAACAACAUCCAGUCAUUUGUGCGUCACCGCUGUGUUCUCCAUUGUUCACAUAACAUGCCGUUGAAAGGAGACCUGCCUCAUUCCCUGUAGUAAAAACGAACCAAAAAUGGACCGCAGUUUGAAGCGCCGGCAGGUGAAGCCACUUGCUGCCUCUCUCUUAGAUGCCUUGGAUUAUGACAGCUCAGAUGACAGUGACUUUGAAGUGGGAGAUGCCUCAGGAUCAGACGGCACAGGCAAUGGUAGUGAUGAAGAAGGGUCUAAACCGAGCGCUGCAGGUUCGGAAAGUGAGUCGGACAACGCUGCUUCUGUAGAUGAUGGUAUAGAUGAGGAGGAGGCCAAAGACCUGGCUGCUGAAGACAACUUAACAGAAGAUGAAGAAAAGACCAAACAGCUGCCUUCGUCAGACAGCUCAACCAAAGACAUCCCUGCUGGCGCCUCACUCAAGGGCCGACGCAAGAGCAAGAAAACAUCAGAACCCGAGCCUGCUCAAGCUGCCGACACUGCCUCAACUUCUGGAUCUGGCAGUGUGAACACUGAAGAGAACCAGGCUGAGCCCAAGAAAUGGAAUUUCCGUAGGAAUCGUCCCUUGCUGGACUUCACCACUAUGGAGGAGCUGAACGAGAUGGACGACUACGACAGUGAGGAUGAUAAUGACUGGCGACCCACUGCAGGGAAGAAGAAAGGUAAAGCAGCCACCCAGAAAGGAGGCACUGAGGAAGAGGAUGGUGGCAGUGCUAGUGACGACGACGAUGAUGAUGAUAAUGAUGAUGACGAUGAUGAUGAGGAUGAGGAUGAUGACAAGGAAGAUGGUGAUAACAACAACAGCAGCAGUGAUAGUGACAAAGAGGUGAAGAAGCCCAUGAAGAAAGCAAAGACCACCAGUAAUUUUGAUGAAGAGCUUACUAAUGACAGCAUGUCCCAGGGAAAGGGUAAUGAGGAUGCCUUGCUUGAUCGGUCCCAGACGUGGAGCACUCAGCACAUCCUCAUCUGCUGUGUCUGUCUGGGAGACAACAGUGAGGACGCAGAUGAGAUCAUCCAGUGUGACAACUGUGGCGUGACUGUGCACGAAGGAUGUUACGGCGUAGACGGUGAAAGUGACUCAAUCAUGAGCUCAGCCUCGGAGAAUUCGACAGAGCCUUGGUUCUGUGAUGCCUGUAAGAAUGGAGUGACUCCCAGCUGUGAACUCUGCCCCAACCAGGAUGGCAUCUUUAAAGAGACAGAUGCAGGGAGAUGGGUGCAUGUGGUUUGUGCACUUUAUGUUCCUGGAGUAGCAUUUGGAGACAUUGAUAAACUACGACCAGUGACACUCACAGAAAUGAAUUAUUCAAAGUACGGGGCCAAGGAGUGCAGUUUUUGUGAAGACGCCCGUUUUGCCAGGACUGGUGUGUGCAUCAGCUGUGAUGCUGGAAUGUGCAGGUCCUACUUCCAUGUUACCUGUGCACAGAGGGAGGGACUCCUGUCUGAGGCUGCAGCAGAGGAGGAUAUUGCAGAUCCAUUUUUUGCGUAUUGCAAACAGCAUGCUGAUCGCUUUGACAGGAAAUGGAAAAGGAAGAAUUAUCUGGCUCUACAGUCUUACUGUAAGGUCUCUCUGCAGGAGAGAGAGAAACAGCUUACUCCUGAAGCUCAGGCCCGAAUCACGACCCGCCUGCAGCAGUACAGGGCAAAAGCAGAGCUUUCCAGGAACACCCGGCCUCAGGCGUGGGUACCACGGGAAAAACUGCCCCGACCUCUGACUUCUAGUGCUUCAGCCAUCAGGAAGCUGAUGAGGAAGGCAGAGCUGAUGGGCAUCAGCACAGACAUUUUCCCUGUAGACACGUCUGAUGCUAAUGCCAGCUUGGACGGACGCAGGAAACACAAGCAGCCCGCCCUCACAGCAGACUUUGUCAAUUACUACCUGGAGCGGAACAUGCGAAUGAUCCAGAUCCAGGACAACAUCUCUGAACAGAAGAACUUAAAAGACAAGCUGGAGAGCGAGCAAGAAAAACUGCACGUGGAGUACAACAAGCUAUGUGAGUCUCUGGAGGAGCUGCUGAAUAUAAAUGGAGAGCUGCGGAGUGAAGGCCAGGCCAUGUGGACUCUGCUGGGGGGCAUCCUGGGCCAGAAACUUAACACUCCAGCUAUUCUGAAAGCCCCAAAAGAGAGGAAGCCCAGCAAGAAGGAGGGAGGAACCCCAGGGAAGUCAUCUAGCCUGCCAGCGAUCCUCUACAGCUGUGGUAUCUGUAAGAAGAACCAGGACCAACAUCUGCUUGUGUUGUGUGACACCUGCAAGCUCUACUACCACCUGGGCUGCCUGGAGCCACCACUAACACGUAUGCCCAAGAAGACCAAGAACAGCUACUGGCAAUGCUCCGAGUGUGACCAGGCCAGCAGCGAUGAGGCUGAUAUUGCCAUGGAGACACUACCUGAUGGCACCAAGAGGUCCAGGAGGCAGAUCAAAGGACCAAUCAAAUUCAUCCCACAGGAGAUGUCACCAGAGCCCAAGAAACAUCAAGUGAGAGGCACGAGAACAAGAGGACAGAAGAGGAAGAGGGUUCCCAUCUGUGAAGACAAAGAAGAUAAAAUUGAGGAACCACUGCCACGGGAACGCCGACAACGGCAGUCUGCAAUGCAGAAAAAACCGAAAGCUGAAGACACGAGGACUGAGUGUACAACCUGCAAAGGACCAGGUGACAACGAAAACCUUGUGAGGUUGUGAGAGCCGGGGCAGCCACCUCACCUCCCAUAAAAACUCGGGACAGAUGACCGUUGGCUUAGAGACAGAGAGAGGCAAAUUGAGGCGUUCGAAGAAUGGCGCUCGGGUCAGGCUGAAGAACGAGACCGUCACGCCACCGCAACCACUUCUGAUCCGAACUGGACCAACAUCUGUCCAAUGAAAAUUGAGCGGAACUUUCUGAAUCUAAAUUAUGGAAUCCAAGUCAUGAAAGGUUGCUUUUGAGCCGAUAAAGUUUGGUUACUGUUGGACUAUCAAAUUGCUUGUGCAGGCUAUGAGUAACUUGGUUUAUGAUUUAUUUAAAUUUUUUAACAGUUAUGGCUCCAGUUGCAUCUAUGCAAAGGUCUGCAUCUUCAAAGUUUUGACUGAGUAAAAAAUGGUGUUCUGUUUAUAUAGUUCAUGUAUUAAAACAUUUAGGUAAGUUAACACGGUAAUUUGCUUGUGCUGUUUAUGUAGCCCAGUGAAAUAAGAGCUUACGAUCAAGCAACUGAUAGAUGCAACUGUUCCAUAUAUAUGUUUUAUUAGGAACUGAGUCCAGUUAAAGUUUACCAGGAAGGUCAAGUGCUCAUUCCGUGGGGUCUUUUAGAUUGCUUUCAAAUCUAGUUGUAAUUAGUUGGUCCAGGGCUGAUUAGUCUCUUGACUGCUCAUAUGGCAGCUAAGUUUGUUUGGCUUCUUCACUUUGUAAGAAAUUAUCAAAAUACUGUUGGCUUGUUGAUCAUGUUGCCUGCAUUGAGGAACAACAGCAAAAUGCUGAAGGAGCUACAAAAGUCAUAGAGCUGCUACACUCUUAGCAACAGUUGAUUUGUGCUUUGUCUGACUUUGGACUCCCGAAUCAGUCCUCUCUAUGUCUCUUGGUGCUCACUUGCACCCAACAUAUAUGUGAAAUAUUUAACAUCAGUAGAUUUUUUUUUUCAUUGGUACUAGGCUGGUGCUCUGAACUUCUGAUCCCCCUGCACUCAUCAGUGCCAAUCAGUAGUAUUGAUUGGAGCUAUCUACCACCCAAUCACUCUUAAGAAUUUCAGUGUGAUCUGGUUAAUUGCAUACACAUUUGAACCUUGGCUUUCUCAGAUAUGAGUGUUGUGUUGUGUUUAAGUGAGUGGGUGACCAGAAGUAUUAAGAAAAGUCAGUAAUGUUUAUGUUUAAAAGCCAACUGUUUCUGGUCUCUCAGCUGUAGCAGUAAAGUAAUGCUACUAUAAAGCAUCUGUAGUAGAAACAAACUAGUGUUGUUAGUUGUAAUAGCACUUAAAUAUUUGUCCAAUGUCUUUAGUGUCUUUAGGCAUUUAGAAGUCUUCCUCUGUAUCCAUAUCUUGAAGUGACAGUUAAACUGACAUGUCCUCAGAAAGGACCCCAGCUUUGUGUCCAUGUCCCUGGUGGCCCAUAGUCAUCGCUGUCAAAACAGUAGCUGCUUGCUGCUCUGUCAGGGUUCAGGACAAGUGUCAUAUUCUGCCCUCAUGUGUCACUCAGUUGCCUACCCAGGGUCCAGUAUGCAUGCUUUUGGGAGCAGUCAAACCCAUGCAGUUUUACUGCUUUUUGUCUCUCUGGUGUGUGUCCACAAACAACAUUGCAAAAGGUUUGUCUUUUGAGAUGAGAUCUUGGUGCAGAAUGACUUGCUGACCCCUAACUACUUCUUUCCCAUCACUCAUAGUCAGUCAGUCUCAAAGACUGCUUGUCAGUUCUACAAUGCAUGGCUGUAUCUAUUUACCUAGAUCUGUAUAAUAAUUUAAAACUGAAAAUAAGUGAUGUGGUCUUAUAGAAUUUGAAUGCCAGGUAGUUACGUAGUGCGAUGAUGUGUACAGUAUUUAUUGAAGAGGUCAAACAUCCAUUUGUCUUUUUCUGCCCACAUACUUGAUGAUAUAUCUUAAGCCUGUGUUUUGAACAGAGUUGAACUUUGAUUUGUGAUUUAGUCUUGAAGCGACUACCAUAUUUUCUUUUAAUUGCCAAACAUUGUUUUUACAUUUGUUUACAGACAUGCCUCGAAAGGAAUAUUUCAGAUUAAUUGUGUACUGUACUGUGGUACUGUAUGAAGUACGAAUAGGAAUGUUGCUGCUGUGUAUGUAAAGUGUCUCAGCCUCUGGCCUACAGCUCUUGAAAAUUAAGCGGAGCUUUAAUAAACUCUUGACUUUUUCACCUUA